GGCGGUGGCCUUUCCCUUCCUUUUCUUCUUCUUUCUUUUCCCCCCUCCUACAGAAAUCAGUCACCCCCUCCCUUUGCCCCACGCCUCCACGCAGGAUCCUCCCACUCCGGCGCCUAAAGCGUUAACCCUGGAGCGUCCGGCACCCCUACCACUAGCGCCCAGGGUUCCUAAAAAGGAAAGGUACAAGGUUGGUCCAGAUGAGAAUAGAGAGAUCAAAGGCAGGGCACACUUCCUGCUACCCAGACCUUAUAUAAAACGUCAUGAUCGCCUUGGCUGCAGAGACGCACCUAGCACUGCCCCGGCGGCUGCAGCCUGAGGUUUCCCCGAGGACCACAAUGAACAAGAAGCUGUGCUGCGCCCUCCUGGUGCUCCUAGACAUCAUUGAAUGGACCACCCAGGAAUCCUCUCCUCCAAAGUACCUUCAUUACGACCCAGAAACUGGUCGUCAGAUCCUGUGUGACAAAUGUUCCCCCGGCACCUACCUAAAACAGCACUGUACAGCGAGAAGGAAGACACUGUGUGUCCCUUGCCCUGACCACUCUUACACAGACAGCUGGCACACCAGUGAUGAAUGUGUGUACUGCAGCCCAGUGUGCAAGGAGCUGCAGUCCGUGAAGCAGGAGUGCAAUCGCACGCACAACCGCGUGUGCGAAUGUGAGGAAGGGCGCUAUCUGGAGCUGGAAUUCUGCUUGAAGCAUAGGAGCUGUCCCCCAGGCUUCGGGGUGGUGCAGGCUGGAACCCCAGAGCGAAACACAGUUUGCAAAAGAUGUCCAGAUGGCUUCUUCUCCAAUGAGAACUCAUCGAAAGCCCCCUGUAGGAAACACACAAACUGCAGCGCACAUGGCCUCUUGCUAAUCCAGAGAGGAAAUGCAUCCCAUGACAAUGUAUGUUCUGCAAACAGAGAAGCAAACCCAAAAUGCGGAAUAGAUGUCACCCUGUGUGAAGAGGCGUUCUUCCGGUUUGCUGUUCCCACCAAGCUCACACCGAACUGGCUCAGUGUUCUGGUGGACAGCUUGCCCGGGACGAAAGUGAAUGCGGAGAGUGUGGAGAGGAUAAAGCGGCGACACAGCUCCCAAGAGCAAACUCUCCAGCUCCUGAAGCUGUGGAGGCAUCAGAACAAAGACCAGGAUGUGGUGAAGAAGAUCAUCCAAGACAUUGACCUCUGUGAGAGCAGUGUUCAACGGCAUAUCGGCCAUGCCAACCUCACAGCCGAGCAGCUUCGAAUCUUGCUGGAGAGCUUGCCUGGGAAGAAGAUUGGCCCAGAGGACAUCGAGAGAACGAGGAAGACUUGCAAACCGGGCGAGCAGCUCCUGAAGUUGCUCAGCUUGUGGCGGAUCAAAAACGGAGACCAAGACACCUUGAAGGGCUUGAUGUAUGCGCUCAAGCACUUGAAACCAUACCACUUUCCCAAAACUGUCACCCACAGCCUGCGGAAGACCGUCAGGUUCCUGCACAGCUUCACCAUGUACAGGCUGUACCAGAAGCUGUUUUUAGAAAUGAUCGGGAACCGGGUCCAGUCAGUGAAAAUAAGCUGUUUAUAACCAGCAAUGGCCACGGUGCUGUUGCUUCAGGAUGGGCCAACUCCAAUGGAGGAGAAGACUGUUUCUCAGGCACGUAAACAGGCACAGUUAUCCCUUUCUCAUCAACGGUGGGAGUGAAAACAACCCCCCCCCUCGACUCCCUAUUAAGAAUAUCGAGGACUCUGAAUGGUCAAAGUGAUGCUGGCUAUUGUGUAACUUUGCAAAGCCAGGUGUUAGCACAGAACAGCAGGCAUGCUGCUGAUUGACAGCAAGAGGGUAUUAUUUAUAACCCCAAGCAUAGGUCCCUUCCUUCCUUGCCAUUUCAUGGCUGGGUAACCAGUCAGAAGGCUUCUGCUAUCCUACAUGUCACCCAUGUCUUCUUCAUUCUCUGUCAUUUGUCUAUUAUGUUCUUGUCUCAUUUGCAAGUUCUUAGACAAGCUUGACUGUUGUUUUUCCCUCUGAAGCUUUAAUUUGGAUGGGGGGGGUUGGGUUGGCUCGACAAGCAGGGGUGAGCUUUGGUAGUUUAUUUAGCAGACUGCUGUCAAGAGUCUCAUGCUCAUCUGUAGUUGGACCUAAGAUGACUCAAAGUGCUUUUCUUUUGAAAAUAAUCACCCACUUUUAUUUUUUACUCCAAAAAUGACUGCCUGUGUUGCAGGGCACUAGAAGAAACUAUGAUGCGGAGAAAGAAUUGGUAUCUCCUCCAACAUUCAACAAAUCCCCAAAAGUUUAUCCAGCUGUCAUAGCUGUUCCAGUAUCUAUGUGUUCUCUUAUUACUGCUUGCAGUAAUUCAACUGGAAAUAAUAAUAAUAGCAAUAAAAUCCAGGCUCCAUCGAAUCUCUUGGAAUAUGGGAAUCUCUAACUUAAAUAGCUCUGAGAUUUCACUUGUGUUAGAGGCUUUUAUUAGAAAGCCAAUGUUCUUCUGUAAAAGUUACUAAUAUAUCUGUAAGACUAUUACAGUACUGCUAUUUAUAUUCAUUCAGACAUAAGAUUUGUACAUAUUAUCAUCCUAGAAAGAAAUGGUGUAAGACUUAAUUUUAGAAAGAAAAAAUAUAUUCUGUUUAUUGUUAUGACAAAAGAGAUAAAAUAUAUUUUUAAUAGAAACUUUGUAGUGUUUUCUAAUAGAUGCUGCCAGUUUUCCAGCGUGGAAUGUUUUUAUAAUAUAAUUUUAUCUGUGUAAUAUGUAAUAUCAUUUUAUAGAAAAAUACAUUAUAUAGUCAGUUGUUUAAUGACAGAAACUGUAUGAACUAUAAAUUAUCUGAAUAUUAGAUGCUCUGAGAAAUUGAAUGUACCUUAUUUAAAAGAUUUUAUGAUCAUGUUAUAUAAAUAACAUCAUUAAAAUUUCAAAUUAUUUUUCA